UUUCGUUCCACGCAGCACCGUGCUCGUAAGAAAAGUUCCACAUAAGCGUUUUUAGUGUGACAACACUGCUAAUACGUGGCCCCGACGUUUUAAGUGAUUUGUGUGUCUUGUUUACGUUUUUUAUUGUGUAAUUUCGUUUUUAUAUCUCUCAGAAGCCGUGAUACGGCUUACCAUAAGAUGAUGAAUCCACAAUAUCCACCUCCUGGGCAAAAUAAUAAUGCUCCCAACAACCCGAUAUAUCCACCUAGCUCCCAAGAGUACAAUGGAGUACAGAAUGCUAACAUCUAUAGUCAGAUGCCGGCUGGGCCACAAAAGCAAUUUGAUCAGGACAUGGCACAGAAAAUGCAGAACAUGAACAUAAAUGGCUCACAAGGAUUCAAUAUCCCUCCUACACAGCUACCUCCUGGUCAAGCACCACCAAAUUUUGGACCAGGGCAAGGUCAACGGCCAGCUCCAAUGCCGAUUAGACCACCUGCGGGAGGACAAUUCCCUCCAAUGACAGGACAGAGACCUCCUUCUGCAACAGGACAGGCACUAACAGCCCAAGAAGGAUUUGAAACUCAGCGACCUCCAAGUCAGCCCAUGCCACCUAUGAGUCAACCACAGGGUAUAUCUGGUCAAAUGCCACCUCAUUCUAAGGGUGGUUUUCCAUAUCAACCUAUACCGGUGCGGCCAGGAAUGCCACCAAAUCAACCUACAGCUGGAAUGGUUGCUCAACCUGGAGCAGCCCCUCAGCCAGGUCCGGGAAUGCAGGGCCCUCCACAAUCUCAGUCAAGUUCUAUACCAACAGGAAUACCUCAGUCAAGAGCUGGCCCUAUUCCUGGGCAACCAGGCCUCAAUCCACAGUCAUUAGGCCCUCAAUCAGGGCCUGGACAGGGAGCCCCACCUCACCCGGGCCAAAUGCCACGGCAAGGGUUAUCUCAGCCUGGUCAAUCCAGCUUAGGACCCCAACAUGGUCUCCCUCCGACAAGUCAAGGCCUACCUUUGCAACCAGGAAUGUCUCCCCAACCUCCACAACUUGGACCGGGUCUACAGCAGCAAACAGGACAGAGACAACCUCCACAUAUUGGUCAACAAGGCACACCUACAAGUCAACCUAGCUUCCCACAACAACCUGGUCAAAUACCUUCUCAUCCAGGGCAAGCUGGAUUCCUAUCUCAACCUGGCCCGCCUGGUCUGCCAGCCCAACCAGUCCAGGCUGGACAACCUCAACCUGGCCCACCUGGGCUACCAACACAAGGGCUUCCAUCGCAACCCAGCCACCCUGGACUCCCUCCACAACCAUCACAAGGGCUUUUACCUCAGCCCGGCCUUCCUCCGCAACCUGGUUUUCCUCAACAACCUGGUUUUGGGCCCCAAGGUCCAUACCAACAGAUGCCCGGUAUGCCACACAUGCCACCACCCUUGGCCCAGCAAAGACAGUUUCCCAAUGCUCCUGCUCAGCCUGGAUAUGGAGCGCCACCUGGGCCACCUACUAGUGCAGCCUUUCCUGGCAUGCCACCCCUUCCACCACAAGGCCAUGGGCAACAAUAUCAAGGACAACCAUCAGGCUACCCGCCACAGUACCAACCUCCAUUCCCAGCACAACAGCCAAGCUACCCAGGUCAGCAGUAUCAACCACCACAGAAAACCCUAGAUCCGGACCAAAUGCCCAGUCCGAUCGAGGUGAUGUUGGAUGACCAACAGAACCGGGGUGGUGUCUUUGUUACGAAUGGUAAAGGAUUAGUUCCGCCGCUGGUGACCACCGAUUUCAUCGUUGACGACAAAGGGAAUGCCAGUCCCCGCUACAUUCGGAGUUCCAUGUACACGGUGCCUGUGACCGCAGACCUGCUGAAGCAAACCGCCAUGCCGUUCUGUUUGGUCGUGUCCCCGAUGGCGGAGACGGUGGGGCAGGAGCUGGAGCCGCCGCUGCUGGACUUCGCGGCGCUGACGGGGUCCCCCGGCAUGGGCCCGGUGCGCUGCUGCCGCUGCAAGGCCUACAUGUGCCCCAACAUGAAGUUCGUGGACGCCGGGAGACAUUUCAAGUGUGCCUUCUGCAAGGCGACUACUGAGGUGCCGAUGGAGUACACUCAGUACGUGAACAGCAUGCAGCAGUACGGGCGGGUGCCGGCGGAGAUGGCGCUGGGGGCCUACGAGAUAGUCGCCACCACCGAGUACUGCAGGAACAACACGCUGCCGAAGCCGCCGGCCACCGUGUUCGUGCUGGACGUGUCGUACAACGCCGUCAAGAGCGGCCUCGUCGACGCGUUCUGCGAGAACAUCCUCGACAUCAUCCGGGAGCUGCCCAAGGACGAGCAAGGGAAGAGCUACACCCGCGUCGGCUUCAUCACCUACAGCUCGACCGUUCACUUCUACAACAUCAAGGGCAGCUUAGGCCAAGCCCAAAUGCUGUCGGUGGGCGACGUGGGCGACAUGUUCGUGCCCAUCCUGGAGGGGUUCCUGGAGAGGGUCGAGGACAGCGGCUCGGUGCUCGCCUCCCUGCUGGAGCAGAUUCCCGCCAUGUUCAGAGAGAACAAGGAGACGGAGACUGUCAUGCUGCCGGCCGUUCAGGCUGGUCUGGAAGCUUUGAAAGCUGCCGACACCGCCGGUCAGCUGUUCGUGUUCCACACUACGCUGCCCACGUACAACGCGCCCGGGAAGCUCGUCAACCGCGAGGACAGGAAGCUUUUGGGAACCGACAAGGAAAAGCAGAUAUUGGGUCCGCAGAACACCGCGUACAACGAGCUGGGCGCGGCGUGCUCGGCGGCCGGCGUGGCCGUGCAGCUGUUCGCCUGCAACAACGCCUACAUCGACGCCGCCACCGUGGGGCAGCUGCCGCGCCUCACCGGCGGACAGCUCUACAAGUACACCUACUUCACGGCGGAGUGCGACGGCGCGCGGCUGCUGCGGGACGUGCGGCGCGCGCUGCGACGUCCGGCCGCGCACGACGCCGUCAUGCGACUGCGGACGUCCACCGGCGUGCGCCCCACCGACUUCUACGGGCACUUCUUCAUGUCCAACACCACCGACGUGGAGCUCGCCGUCAUGGACGCGGACAAGGCGGUCGGCAUCGAGGUGAAGCACGACGACAAGCUGACGGCGGAGGAGGGCGUGUACGUGCAGGCGGCGCUGCUGUACACGCACCGCUCGGGCCAGCGCCGGCUGCGCGUGCUCAACCUGGCGCUCAGCGUGGCGCACCAGCUCGCCGACGUCUACCGCAGCAUGGAGCUCGACACCUGCAUCAACUUCCUGACCAAACAAGCGGUGUGGGCGGUGCGGGAGGCGGGGGGCCGCGCGGCGCGGCAGGCGCUGGGGGCGCGCUGUGCCCGCUCGCUGGCCGCCUACCGCCGCCACUGCGCCUCGCCCUCCGCCGCCGGACAGCUCGUGCUGCCGGAGUCCAUGAAGCUGCUGCCGCUCUACACCUGCUGUCUGCUGCGCUCCGACGCGCUGGCCGGAGGCCCCGACAUCACGUGCGACGACCGCUCGUGCGCGAUGUACCGUGCGCUCACCGCCGACGUGGCCACAUCCGUGGUCUACACUUACCCUCGCCUGCUCCCGCUGCACAAGCUGGCUGACUCGCCGGACGCUAAGCUCACCCCGCUGAGGGCUUCCAUAGACAAGAUGAAUGAAUUCGGGGUAUAUUUACUGGAGAACGGCGUGCACAUGUUGCUGUGGGUGGGGUCCCAGGCGCCCGCCGAGUUCGUGCGCGACGUGUUCGGCGUGAGCUCCCCUCAACAGAUCGAGCCCACGGUCUACGAGCUGCCCGUCCUCGACACGCCCAUCAGCCGUACCGUGCGCGCACAGAUCGAGCACGCGCGCGACGCACGCCGCCUCUGCAUGCGGCUGUUAGUGGUACACCAGUACGACAAGAAGGAGGUGGAACUUAGGAAGAUGCUGGUCGAAGAUCGGAGUGUAAAUGGUGCCGAAUCCUAUACUGAGUAUCUGUUGGCCACGCACAAACAAGUCCAGAAAAUGAUCUAACGAUAAUGCGCCAACACGACAAAUUAGAGACGGUGCUACGUCACUUCCUGGUCGAGGACCGAGGCGUCGACGGAAGCGCGUCAUACGUUGACUUCCUCUGCCACGUGCACAAGGAGAUCAGACAACUUCUAUAGCAUCCGAACACGUGCAGCCGGAGCAGGAGGGCCCACGGACCGCGGCUCCGGCUAUAGGCCCUCACAUAGACACACGGCGUAAUUCUAAAGAGAUAAAUUAACUGAGCGUAUAUCAGACACUCAUCUUGACCGGACUCUCGCAAAUACAUUAUUAAACACGUGUGGGUGACUGCCAGGUAUAAUAAUUUAAAAAUACGUAUUUUCAAUUCACUUUGACGCCCAACUCGAAAAUAAUGCUAAAACAAAAUACUAAUGAAACGUUUUCAUGACUUUUGUAUUUGUAUUGCUGUCCAGUGACAAGAGAUGGCAACACCGUCGAGCGUUCGAAUUAAUUUUGUAGCUGGCAACACAGAUAGCUGUUUUCUAUAUAAAGACAUAAAUGUUAUGAGUUUUGUUUGGUUAAUAAUUAAUAGGAGACUGUUUGGUAUACUCGUAAAAGUAAAUGUUAAUCUAUAUAGUUUUCUUAUGAGUACCAAACUGGAGUACGUCGUCGCGUCUCGAUUUACAGAGAUAAGUGCGUUCCCAGGGACCAUUGUACCUACGAAUCAGCUUCGAGCCCCGGCAAAGUCGUGUCGAUACGAAUACAGACAUCUUUUAAAUUGUACUCGUCACGUGAGAACGCAAUACCCUGUAAUGUUUUGAGGGUAGUGGAAAAAACUACCCCUUUAAAACUGUUGCGCCUACCGUCAAAACCCGUCAAAAGUGAAGUACAACUGUGACUACCCUCCCGUCUCGUCUCAGUACUCUUAGUCCCUCGUCUCGCGAACCGUUUCCGAUUUGACUUGCAUGUAAUCAUAGUUUAAGUUGGCGCGGUGUUGCAAUGCUCAAAAAAUUAUUGCAGCGAUUCAAAAUCGAUUUCAAAAUGGCGGCGCAAAAGAAUAUACUUUAGUGUGAUUUGUUAAGACUGUAGAAAUCAUUUGAAGGAUAAAUCAGUUUGAUGUAAUUUUAUUUUUGAAUAUUGCAACACCAGACGCCUCGUCUCUGUCAAGGGAAUGUUGUCAAGUUCGUGUUCCUAUGAACAAGCGGCUUGAGGCGGUCCCAUGACACCGUCCCCGACCUCAUGCCUCACGUGGGUGCGGCCGCCGCCUUGUCUCAUUGAAAACGUCAACAAUUUUUUGGCAGAAACCCCUAUUAUGUAAUUAAUUAGUGCCGAUAUUAUAAUUCUUAGUAUCUAAUUGUUAUAAAGGAGUCUGGAAUUGUAAAUAAAUAUAUAUGAAUUAUUUUUAAA